AUCUCGCCUGGAGCCGCUGAUUCUGCCCUCGUUCUGUUUCUUUACAGAUGCUGUCUGAUUGGGAAUCCAGUCUCACCGAGUUUUCCUCGGAGUCUGACGACGAGUAUGUCCCCCGCGCCGCGCCUAAAAAGAAGCCCAAACAGACAGCUGAAUACAAAGUUACGAAGUCCUUGCAACCUUACCGUACAACGACCUAUACUGCACAAAGUUUGUACGAUCAGAUAAUCGACAAUACCAUCGACCUUGAUCCAGAGUACCAGCGAGAUAUCGUGUGGGGGGAAGCUAAGCAGUCGGGUCUGAUUGAUUCAAUCCUGAGAAAUUUCUACAUACCUCCUGUUAUUUUCGCCGUAACUCACAACGAGGACGGCACACAACGCCGGACCUGUAUCGACGGAAAGCAAAGGCUGACCUCUAUCCAACGGUUCAUGGAUGGGAAGGUUGCUGAUAAGGACAUCGACAACGGCAAGAAAUACUGGUACAAGAAGAUCGAUAAUGAAUCACGCGCCCUGAUCUCGAAGCCUUUACGCCAAACGUUUGCGAACAAGCAAAUUACUUGCAUUGAAUAUGACGGCCUUACCGAAGAUCAAGAGCGGGAGAUAUUCCAGCGAGUGCAACUUGGGGUGGCCUUGACCACAGCCGAGCGCUUGCAGGCAAUCCCCGGACCACGGCCGGCUCUGAUUCGGGAAGUACAGUCCAUCGUGCUAGGCGAGGACGGAUUUGGCUCAGACCUGGACUGGGGUCAUGAUCGCGGCCGGGAUUUCCAGUGUCUCGCAACGAUCAUAUGCCUCAUCGAGAGCCACCCAAACAUCACGUUUCCCGGAUCCCCCAAGCUCGAGAAAUGGUUGUCGAACGCGAAACUUGUGGACGACAAGACGCGCAAAGAUGUGUUCGAGACGUUUCAGAUCUUCAUCACGCUCGUAAAGGACAAGAAAUACAACGCCGCGUUCAAGAAACCAUCUCGCGUCUCUCCCGUGGAGUUCACGAUGACGGGCGUCCUCAUCUACCUCUACAAGAAGACGUAUUCGCUCAUGCAGCUGUCGAGCGCCAUCUGGCAGAUGCGCGCGGACGUUCGCAAGCAGUUCGCGGACGUCCGCGCGAAUGCGAAGGUCACGAAGGCCAUGUUCCAAUUCCUGGACAAGGGCGUUAAGGGCGUCGAGCUCGCGAGCGACGGAAAAGGCGAUAUUCCUGCUGCAACCGCGAUCAAGACGAUGGACUCCCCUGCUCGAGCUGCAGAGACUGACGAAGAUACGCCUGAGCCAGCACCCAAGAAGAAGAAGCAGAAGAGGCGCAGAGUUCAGGAGCCACCCUCUAGCGAUGACUCAGAUUACGAGGCCGUCCGUCCAAAGAGGAGAGCUUCGAUGCCAGAGCCUCAGGCGUCUACAUCUAGCAGUGUAGUCCCGAAGGCGGCCGCUUCGAGGCCCACCGCCGCAAGGAAAGUUUCUGCGCCCGUCGCCACGAAGAUCAAAGCCGCCUCGAAAGCAGCGCCAAAGGCCUCCACCAGGUCUUCCACAGUGUCACAGCCCCGAGAUGGACCUUCGUCUUCUCAGAGUUCUAUUCCUCUAGGAGGAUUCGCGACGGCAAUGAACAACUUCACCUCCAGGAAAACGAGGACAGCAAUGUCUGCUGCUGCGGACUCUCUCCUUGCGCAAGCGCCUGUUGCAGAAAUCGGAACCACUUCUGCAGUAGGGUCUGGUAAGCAAGCUGUAGAGCCACCUAUGAGCGCUGUGAAGAUGGAAAUUGAUCCUCCACGGCUGAGAACCCCGGAUGCUAAUGAUGAUAAUGCCAUGGCUAUUGACGACGCGUCGAAUACGGCACAGAUGGAUUCUACUCCCACACCCCGAAGCCUGCCGCGAUCUGGCAAGCGACAGUUGACAGCCAAUGUCGCUAUCUCGUGGAUGGAACCACAUCCCGACUUAGGAGACAUUGAUACAGGCGCGAUCGAGCAGAUGUUGAAGCUCAACAUGAAGAGUGCUCAAGCGACGCCUAUUGGCUCGCCUGUAGUGCCUGCGCCUCCGCCGCCUCCCUCAAUAUCUGCACCGCCCAUGCUGGGAGCGUUAGGCCAGUCCGCCAGCACCAUCCUACCACGUCGGACAGCCGUGGACACGUCUUCAAGUGCUCAGGCCACACACAUGCCUCCUCCCCAGUCUCCGAUCCUUCCCCGGACCGACCAUGUCCGUGGGCGCUCCUCAGACCGCUCGAGGGAUGGAGACCGGGACAGGAGAGAAAGGAGCCGCGAUCGCGAUCGCGAACGGAGCAGAGACAGAGGCCAGCAUGAUUUCCGCGGAUCUACGCGGACUGCUGCCGACAGGAACCGGAGUCGCGACAGAGAUCAUGAUCGAUGGAGGGAACCGCCCACGAGAGAGUGGCAGCUGUCUGAAGCGGAGCGGAGGCGUCGAGAUAGGAGCAGGGAGAGAGACCGCUAUCGUUAUACGGGACGGCAAAGAGGCUAUUAGCGAGGGUACAGGUUGGUAGUAUGUUGCAUCGGUCCGCUAUGCUUGUCAUGUCUCGAGAUUGACGCCUCAACCUGCGCUCUCCCAUCAGGAAGGGCGGACGUGUUCUACGCCAUACCGUAGUAUCCAGGACAGCCAACUAUAUCGCCUCGUCAUGAUCCAUCAGUUAU